CUGCAAGCGCACACAGGUAGGACUGCAGUAAGCCUUUACCAGCUCAGAGACACAGCGACAUGUCUGCCACUAACAUGAACAUGACCAGCAGGAUCAUCUUCUACGAGGACAGAAACUUCCAGGGACGCUCCUAUGAGUGCAGCAGCGAUUGUGCCGACAUGUCCUCCUACAUGAGCAGGUGCCAUUCCUGCAGGGUGGAGAGAGGCUGCUUUGUGGUUUACGACCGCACCAACUUCACGGGUAACCAGUACUUCAUGAGGAGGGGAGAGUACGCCGACUACAUGAGCACGAUGGGAAUGAGCGACUGCAUUAGGUCCUGCCGCAUGAUCCCCAUGCACCGUGGCUCUUACAGGAUGAGGAUUUAUGAGAGAGAGAACUUUGGAGGCCAGAUGCAUGAGAUGAUGGAUGACUGUGACGACAUCAUGGACCGUUACCGCAUGUCCAACUGCAUGUCGUGUCACGUGAUGGACGGCCACUGGCUGAUGUAUGAGCAGCCCCACUACAGAGGAAAGAUGAUGUACAUGAGGCCUGGAGAGUACCGGAGCUUCAUGAACAUGGGCAUGGGCCACACGAGGUUCAUGAGCAUGAGACGCAUCAUGGACUCCUACUAUUGAACACAGGAACAAUAAAGAACUGUUUGCUGUAGUAAAGAAUUCUGUUAUCCACAGAACUGGCAUGAGGAUGUGUCAGCCACCCACACAUACCAACUAGAUACCGGUAUGGUGGAUGAUCUGUGCUGGGGGCUCACCCGUCACCUGUUACCUCAGCUAUCUUCAUUUGCUGCUAGCUCUUCCAGGGCUAAUCCUCUAGUCAAAUAAAAGGCAGAACAACAA